CCCAUCAAACGAUUUCACAUUUCGCGGUGUGGAGCAUUCGUCAUGCCGCCGCUUCCGUCGCCGCCAGAUUCGGCGAAGCCUGUCGAGAAUCCCUCAGCGGCGCAUGCUUCCGACCUCACUGACCCCGCCUCCGCUCUCCCGCCGACUCUCCCGCUCCCCCGAAGCUCCUCCUGCGGCGAGUUCCAAUCCGCCCGCCAUGCCGCAUUCCUCCUCCGCUACGGCCAGUGCCCCUGUAACGAAUGCGCCUGUAGUGAGCGCUCCUCCAUCGAAUGCGUCUGUAGCGGGUGCGCCUGUAGGAAGCGCGACUGUAGCGAGCGCGCCUGCCGCGGGCGCGGCGGUGGCGGAGCAGUACCGCGCGCUGCUGGAGAAGGCGUGCGCCAAGUUCGCGCGGCUGCGCGAGCUGCCGCUGUACGGGCGGCAACGGUGGGAGGCGCGCUUCCACAAGGCGUUCAGCGUGUACUCGCGCCUCUGGCGCUUCCAGCAGGAGCACCGCGCGCGCCUCGUCGACCACGGGCUCAAGCGGUGGGAGAUCGGCGAGAUCGCGUCGCGCAUAGGGCAGCUGUACUACAACUACUACCUGCGCACGGGCGACGCGAGCUACCUGCUGGAGGCGUUCAUCUUCUACGACGCCAUCCACAGGCGCGAGUAUUUCCGCGAGGCGGCGCGCGGGGAUGCGGCGGUGGCGCACAAGCAGCUGCGGUGGCUGGCGCGGUUCACAGUGGUGUGCGUGCUGCUGGGCGGCGGGAGAUGCUGCGCCAGCUGCUGUGGCAGCUUAGGCUGCUCGUCGACGACUAUGCGCGCGCCUUCCAGGCGGCGGACGCGGCGGAGUGGAAGGGCGUGGUGCACGAGGCGGUGCGCUUCCUGCGCGCCGACUGGCCCUCCGACUGCCCGCGCCCGCUGCGCUACUCCGUGCUGCUCGACCCACCGCCGGCGCGCUGCCCCCCGUCGCGACGCUCAUGGCGCCCGGCGCCCCGCGCGCGCUGGCCCUGCAGGAAGUCGUCAUCACGUCCUUCUACCCGCUCGAGGUGAAGCUGAGCGAGCUCACGCUGGACGCCUUCCGCGUGCUGCAGGCCGUGGAGUGGCUGCCCAGUGGCUUCUUCGUCAAGACGGCACAGGGGGGGGUCGCCACGCAGGGCUUCAGCGCUGCAGGGGGCGCGGGGGGCGGUGGUGCGGGUGGUGAGGGCAGGGAAGGGGGCGAGGGGCCGCGCCUGGUGGG